CCUUACCUUAAUCACGGCGUCUGUUUUGUUUUGUGUGAGCGCGAGCUGUCGGGUUCAGAUUUUUGUUUACUGAGUAGAUGCGGCUACCGCGCAGCCAGUUCGCCGACGCUAUUACAUUUUUUAUCUUGCCCGGCUGUCCUCGUUUGUGCUCGCCACAGAUGGCACGAGUUUCUCGAGAUCGCUAACCUGCUCUCUGGGCUCCGAACGUUUUCUACCCUUACCGGCUGCCUCAAUGGAGCCGGGCAUGAGCUUGCUUGGUGCUGCUGAUGAACUGAAGUUCGACAUUAACCACGAUGAAGAGGACGAGGCUUCAGCUGAAGUUAGAAAAAAGGCUGAAGAGCUGCAACAAGCAGUUGCAAAUGGGUUUGAUGACCUGGAGGGACUGUCGGAUGACGAUGAUGAAGACCUUUCUACUGACCAGUACUUCAAGCCCCCAGGGGUUAUUGGCUAUGGAGGGACGACUUCUACUCCAAAUCAAGAAGGGCAGAACUUUGUGAAGCAGCCGUUUGCCACACCACACUACGCCAUGGGCAUCCACCAGAAUGUGCCUGGAGCUCACGUUCCCAAGCUCAACAUGUACGCCGACAAUUACGCCAAUGGCCUGGAUCUUGGGAGUCCGACGCUGCACGGCCAUGGCAUGGGUGAUGGCUUGAAUGGUGGAAGCAACGGCAUCCACCAAAAUUCAUCUGUGCCUCUGAAUGGCCAACAUCCCACUCAUCCCCAUGGGACUGCCUUGACGAAUGAAGCAGAUGACUAUGUUCAGCUCGAGGUGAUGUACAAAGCGCGAACGAGGGAAGUAGAACGGCUAAAGUUUGAGCUGGAAAAUCUGCGAGAGUCAUCUAGGGCGGAGGUUACCUCAUUGCAGGACCAGGUGACUACCUUGCAAGCCAAUGCCAAGAUGUACAUGGAAAACUGGAAUCAAGCUAACCAAGCCCUAGCAAACAAGACCACUGAGAAUGCUGAACUGUCUGUUAAGCUUUCCACUGUUCAGAACCAGCUGGAAAUUGAAGCUAAGUCCAAAGAUGAGCUCAUGGAGAAGAUGAAGGUGGCAGAAGCCACGAUCAAAAUGCUGCAGGAGCAGGUUUCGGAGUUGAGCAGCUCAGACGGCCUUGUGCUGCUGAAGCGAGACUAUGAAAACUUGCUACAAACACAGAAACAGAAGCACCAGGACGAACUAUACAGCAUGCACCAGAAGAUUGACGAACUGAGCCGAAACUUGGCCGCAAAGGGGGACGAGCUGCGGAUAUGCAAGGCUCGCUUUGAGGAGCGCGAGAGGCAAUUUGAAGCGAGGCUUUUGGAAAAAGCCGACACUAUCAACCAGCUCACACAAUCUCUAAGCAGCAGCCAGAAGCAGUGCCAGCAGUUCUUGGAAAACAGCACACCCCACGACUCGAGAAAGCUCCUGGAGCAGUUCCAGGUCCUUCAAGAGGAAAGGGGCAAGGAGAGGCAGAGAUUAAAGCGACUAGAGGAGGGAGUUGACGACCUCUAUCAGCUUCUUGUUCCCAAGGCGAACAUGGCUCUCUGCAAUCCAGAACUAUCAAAGAGCGAUGACAGCCUAGCGGCACGAUCGCUCAACAGGCCAACCUCCGAGGAUGCGAUGUUGAAGGUGCGCCUAUGCUGUCGCGAGGUUGGACAUCUUCGCUCUGAGGUCCUUAGGGCAAGGGACGGGCUCUCCCUUGCCGACCAAGAACUUGAUGAGCUCAGAAGAAAGCUCGAGAUGGCAGAGAAUGAAUUGGCCAGGCUGCAGGAUAAGCUUCAGGGCAGAGAUGGUUCGGAAACAGAGUCCCAGUUUCAAGACAUGAAGGAUGAACUGACAAGGCAGGUCCAGACCCUGGAAGCCAAGCUCUGUCAGGCCGAGGCUGCCUGUGAGCAGCUGAAACUGCAGGAACGUCAGCUACUCUUUGAAAGAGAGGCUCUCCUAAGAUCCUGUGCAGAAGACAAGGCUCAGGCGAUUGACAUGUGCAAGAACUCAAUCCUGGAGAUGCACCAUAGUGCCAUGAAGAGGCUCAGAGAAGAGCUCUUGUCCUUGUCGGAACGUGAAAAGGAGCAGGUCGUUCAUGAAUAUGAGGCAAGAAUACAGGAGCUGAACUCAAACUACAGUACCUUGCAGCAGACCAUCAACGAUGUGAAAGAGCUCUACAUACGGUCUUGUGAAGAAAAGCGUUCGCUUGAAGCCCAGAUCCAGGAGCUGACUAACAGAGAAAGAACUGUAAAGCAGGACACUGAACAGAGGCUUCACAAGGAGUUCAAAGAAGUGCUGCAAAAAGCCCGGCCCGUGUGGGAGGAAGAAAUGAUGAAGGACUUCAAGCAGCAGCUUGAACAGGAGAGACAGAGGUGGCGGAAAGAGUUCGACGCUGAAAAGCAGGUGGAGUUGGCAGAACUAACCGAGCGGCUAUCCAGGGAGUACGAGCAACGGCAUUCUCAAAAGGCUGAAAAAGAUGCGGAGAAGCAAAAGGAAGCCUUCGUUCAUAAGACAGACCAGCAGAUUGACCACUGGAAAGAGGUGGUGUCCAAGCUGCAGACGCAGAUCAAAGAGAAAGACGCCGAGCUUCAGCAAGCGGUGUCUGCAUCAGUGGAGAAGGAGUCGCGACUGAAGCAAAAGCUGCUGAAGUUCCAGAAGAAGCUGCAGCAGGUGGAACGCGAGGGCAAGGAGCAGCUGCUCGCUCAGGAGAGGCAGCACGCUGACAAACUGGCAACGCUGAACACACAGUUGCAGCAGCUGCACAUCCAGCCACGUGAUGGCCUCACCAGCGGCACUCAGAAAAGCAUGGUGGAAUUGAUGGAUAAAUGGAGUGGGUGGUUUAUAGACUGCCUGGACAAGGUGUACAAGGACAUCUGCAGCUACACAGAGCAAGCGGAAAAAGCCAAAAGUUGCGAGAUGCGCCAGCUUCUCCGUGGCUACCACGAGUACCUUCUCACGCAAGCACCAUUUCAGCAAGGACAAUUGCACAGCGAUGAAAACAUUCCACCGAGAGCGGCAGCCACACCACCGUUGCAACGCCUGCAACCGCAACCCAGGACCACGCCUCCGGAGAGACUUUUCACCAGGAAGUCCGAGCACGCACGCGAGAUGUUUCCGUCUCGUCUCGUCUCCAGGAGUGCCAAGGAGGUGAUGGUGAAGUCGCACUCAAAGCCAUUGGACCUAAACCUUUCCGGAGUGUCAGACAGCAGUGUGUUUCUGCCACCACCAUCGCCCAUCAAAACAUCGUAGUUCAGCUACGGAGAAACAGCGAAACUUUCUGCAGCUGCAUCAAGUGUGUGUGUGUGUGUGUGUAUGCAAGAAACAUGGAGUUGCUGAGUUCACUUGUCACCUUUCUGUGCAUGUUUUUAAAGGCAUAUCUGCACUGAAAGAUCCACAUAAUAUGGAUGUCUUUCAUCAUGUCAUUUAUACAGGAGGUUACAAAUGUGGAGUUGUACGUGAUUUGCAUAUAACGAAAGCUGAAAAUAUGAAAUUAUGACAACAUAUGCAGAACCAUUUCAGUUGGAAUGUCAAUUGCUUAUUAUGGUGUGAGUAGAAGGUGAUCACACCCAGCAAAGAAAAGUGCCACGCAAUCUCGCAAGUCAUGUCUAUAGAAAGUACAAAUGUGCCUUUAGUGCAGGGCCACGAUGUUGCGGUGAUGUCUUUUUUUGAUGGUAUUCUUUGUUGAAUUUCGUUGGUGGACAGAGUGGUGCUCUGAAUUUGUCUAUUUCCAACAGGUUGGGGGGAGGCAGGGAAGAAAAACUUCAAGUGCAGCUUGAAAAACACCCUGUCCCCUGCAUUAUCAAUGGGAUCAGCUCGCUGUGGACAAUGAAUGAUAAGAGUGGCAUAGAAUCAAGCAGAAGACAUGGCUACAAAAUUGUGGCCCUGGUUGCUGUAUGUGGCUAGUGUGUGUAAAAAGUUUGUACAGCCUCUGCGCAAUAAUUUAUGUGUUGGUUGCCAAGCGUAGCAUUGUGCCUACAGGUAGGCUGUAUUUUCAUGACUAUUUAUGAAAGGAAUAAGCCUGGUGCGUUUCUCAUAGAAGCAGUUCCUAUUCCCACUUGUUCACUGCACUAUGUGUAGUGAAGUUCCAGUUGUCUUGCACGUGUGGUUGUAAAUAUGUUUAUGUUCAAACACCUGGCAUCAUUUACUGUUUGGUAUGGAACAGAAGUUCUGUUUCCAGAUGGUCUUACCAUCUUAUGACACUGCAUUACAAGUUUUAUGCAAACCCGCUGUUGUGCCAUUUACUCAUUUUGUGUACGUGUAAUCCUCACCAACAAUGUUUACUCACUCGCCCCUGCUUCAUAUGCUUGUGUAUAUUUUAUAAAACAUACUCAUGGGGUUUCAUAGCACAUUUGGGGAUGUUGACAAGGCUGUGUUUGGCUUAAUUUUUGCAGUGUACAUGUAUUAAUCUUUUUCUGGUUUUAUGUAUCUCGGUGAUGGACUGACCUUGUUAUACUGUGUGCUUUAUGUUCGAGGCAUAUUUGCUCACCUUUUUUUUUAUCACGCGUAUUUUAUGCAAAACAUUGAACGCAUUUACUCAUUUGACUCCAAGUUAAAUUCUGUUGAUCCAGAACCUUUAGAUGUGAACCUGUCUUUGCACAUACCUUCUUCCACUAUCAGUACUUUAGAGGGUUCCAGUAUAAAAAAGUCUUUGUUUUCUCUACUGUCUGAGCUUUAAACCUUUACUUUUCAAUGUACACUCUUUUCUGUUUUUCCUUCUCAUACUCGGUUUCAUUUGUGUAAAAGAAAGAAAAGAAAUUGAACAUAAAGAAAUUUAACAGGUUAAACAGUUAAGACUUGAAAUAUUGUAUCAGGCUACGUUAUCUAAUAUAUGGAGAACAUAAAUAUUGUGGGCUUCAUGAGACUAGCUUGUACGAUCCAUGGUUUGAGGUAACAACAACAAUUAGCUAGAAUGCAUACAUUCAGUUUUGUUAAUAUAAAGAACUGGAGAUUUACAGCAUUAAUACGGCUAUUUUUCUCAUCAUACAUUCUGCUUGGAUCGCCCUGUGUGCCAAAUUUCAUAUAAGCCGCGAGUGCAACGCUUCUUUAUUAUUUUUCUUUAAAAUAAAAUGUCUUUCCUUACGGCGUUCUGUGGGGAUCUUGUUAUUCCUUGAUUGUUUAUUUGAUGUCAUGGUCUCUGGUUCGCAUUAUAGUUUACCGCUAAGGAAAAAAAAAAAAAAAGCAUUUGACUCUGUGGUGCCAUUUCCAAUUCUCUCGCGUGUGUUGGCGGGUCGUCAUGACGUAUUUAAAUAAACUGUUGUUACGAACCUGA